GCAGAACAUAUUCUGUCAUAUUUACUGAAAAAAGUGAAAACAAGAGAGCUAUUCGAACGAAAUAAAAUAAGUUAGGUUUACAAAUCGCAUUUAGAGGCGCAUACCACACAGCAUUUAAGCUUAAAUCAUGGGUGGGGUGCUCAGUUAUUUUCGUGGUCUGCUCGGUUCAAGAGAGAUGCGCAUUUUAAUACUGGGCCUGGACGGCGCCGGUAAAACCACUAUACUCUACAGAUUGCAAGUGGGUGAGGUUGUCACCACGAUACCGACGAUCGGAUUUAACGUGGAACAGGUUACAUAUAAAAACUUAAAAUUCCAAGUCUGGGACUUGGGAGGACAGACUAGUAUUAGACCUUAUUGGCGCUGCUACUACAGCAAUACAGACGCCAUUAUAUACGUGGUCGACUCGGCGGAUCGGGACCGUAUUGGCAUUUCAAAGGAUGAACUGCUGUAUAUGCUGCGGGAGGAGGAGCUGGCCGGAGCGAUACUCGUUGUGCUUGCCAACAAACAGGACAUGGAGGGCUGCAUGACAGUGGCCGAAGUACAUCACGCGCUAGGUCUAGAGAACCUUAAAAAUCGCACGUUUCAAAUAUUCAAAACAUCCGCCACCAAGGGUGAGGGCCUAGAUCAAGCUAUGGAUUGGCUGUCCAAUACUUUACAGAGCCGCAAAUAGUCAGCGCUCAAGCGACAACUGCCUUUCCUCAUACCUAUCCAACCCUUAGCCCCCAUGUAAAAAAUUGUCCAAUGUGUCGCGCGUGUUGCAAGAGAAUUUUUCCUACCCGCUUUUAAAUUGCGCAAAAUAACGAAAUCAACAUCUGCAAAACUUUGUAAUAAUUUCUAGUAAUAUAAUUUUUAAAUUAUAGGUAAAAAAAACAAAAGAAUUCAAGCAAACGUG